UUGCUUUCGAUCUCCACUGGAUGUCAACGAGGUUCUUCAGCAGGAUUGCUGAUUGGCCCACGCUCUCGUGAGACUGGAGCUGUCUUCUACCAUGCAUGGUAAUGGCAGCUGCAACCAACAAAGGCGCAGUGGAAGAAGGAUCUUCGUAUGUGGCUUGCAUUUGCUUAAUUCCACCACUUCUGCUGCGUUUGUUGCGUUCGUUCUCUUGCGUCGAUGAGGACGGUGAAGUCAGAGUCGUGGCUUGCCCGAGUGAGCCUCGUGAGAGGAGGUAGUAAGAGGAAGACCGAACAGGGGAAAUCCGCCGUCGUCGGCGUGCUGGCCUUCGAGGUGGCUCGGCUCAUGUCCAGGGCUGCCCGCCUCUGGCACGCCCUCGCCGACGACUGCAUCGCCCGGCUCCGCGACGAGCUCCGCUGCCUCGAGGGCAUGCGUAAGUUAGUUUCCGACGACGAUGACGUCCUCCUCCAGUUCGUCCUCGCCGAGAUUAUGGACGGCGUCGGGUUCCUAGCAAGCUCUGUGUCCCGCCUGGGCCGGCAGUGCUCCGACCCGGUGCUGCAGUGCUUCCACGCCGCGAUUGCGGACCUGCAGGUUGAGACCGGCGCUGACACGUACGGCUUCGAGUACGUGGGGUGGAAGAUGGAGCGCAAGGUGAAGAAGAUGGAGAGGUUCGUCGCCUUGGGGGCAAGUCUGCGCGACGAGCUCGAGGUGCUGGGGGAGCUAGAGCAGGCGCAGCGGCGGAUACUAGCGAACCCCCAGGCCACCCACCUCGUCGAUGAAAUCGAUCGAAAGGUGGUGUGGCAGCGGCAGCAGGUGAAUUCCCUGCGCGAGGCUUCGCUGUGGGUUCAAGACUACGACUACGUCGUCCGGCUGCUGGGCGGGUCUCUGUUCUCUAUUGUGAGGAGGAUCAGGCAAGUCUUCGGAGUCCAACAGAGAAAAGAAGCCAUCAAGCAGUCCGGCGGCCAUAUCCCCCGCCUAAUUCGUAGCCGCUCGGUUGCCGGAUUCAUCUCCAGACCUCUUGUGGCCGCCGUGGAAAUAACGAGAUCUGAGAACCGUUUGCUUGACAAGGCAGACUUGCCUCCUGUUCCAGUUAGGAAGCAACGCAAUUCCCGAACUAAUUAUCUAGCCCGCGACGGCGACGGCGAAGACCCAGCAAAAAAUCUUCUUUUGCCGAUGAUGGACCCGAGAUUCCGCUGGCUAAACGCUCCCGCGUCGACCCUCGGAGACGCAGCUCUAGCUCUGCACUACGCCAACAUCAUCAUCGAGAUCGAGAAGCUGGCGGUGUGUCCCCAUUUGAUCGGUCCGGAUGCGAGAGACGUCCUGUACAAAGCGUUAACCGCGAACGUGAAGGCGGUUCUCAGGACACGUCUCAGAUCAUUCGCCAAGAACUUCAGCUCAGUCGCUCGCGACCCAAUUCUCGCAGCAAAGUGGAGCGCCGCCGUGAGGAGGAUACUGGAGUGUCUGGCGCCACUCGCCCACAACAUGAUCAAGUGGCAGUCAGAGCGGGGCAUGGAGCAGCAGAGCGUGGCGUCGAGCUCCAACGUUCUCCUGGUGCAGACGCUGUAUUUUGCAGACCAAAAGAAGACGGAGGAUGCCAUCACUGAGCUACUCGUGGGGCUGAAUUACCUGUGGAGGUACGGGAGGGAGAUGAAUGCUAAAGCAACGACGGAGGGCGCCGGCAAAAGAAAUCUCCAUGAAUUGUCUCACCUCCAGUACGAUUUUGAUUCGUGCCCUCAAGUGCAGUUUUAUGAUCAUAUUACGCUGCAUGGCCUUGCUGAGCUCGUAUCUCCUGCAAACAGAAAAGGAUAGGAAAUUCGAACUGGUGUAGCAUUAUUGUACUCAAUUUUUGCUAUGGAACUCCUUGAUAUCUUCUAUACAAUGAUUGAAUUAUUAAAUUUACGAGCCAGCUUGAAACUUCACUGGUACCAACUAGAUUGACUGGUGAAGGGAGGAUGGAGAUUUUGUACCAUUACCGGACAU